AUGAAAGAGGAGCGUGCCUGUGAACCUUCUGGUGCAAUUCAAGACUCUGUUACAGGCAUCAGGAUGCUAGGCUGGAUCCAGAAGGUGCUGCCUCAGCCUCCAGAGACCCUUCAGAGGACUGAGGAGGUAGCAGAAACACAGCCAGAACCAGAGUUGGAGCCUGAGGCAAAACCAGAACCUGAGCCAGAGCCUCAGCUGGAGCCAGAGCCAGAACCGGAAACAGCCCCUGAAGAGGAUGUGCCAGAGGAGGUCCAGACCCUGGUCAUUGCGUGGAACAUCUUUUUGGGGGAUGUGAGGCUCCAGCCUGGGUGCAUGGCCCCUGUGGGAGCCACUGGCAUGGAGGGGACAGCUCUGAAUCAAGUCUGUGGCCAUUCAAUAGAGGCCCAGAACAUCAGCCAAUGCCCCAGUGCCUGGGUGCUGACCUGGUUCUGGAAGGGCAUGGAGAAGGUCGUGCCACAGCCUGUCUACAGCAGCAAGGGUAGCCAGAACCUGGCUGCCGGAGUGGGAGACACAGAUCAGGUACAAGCGCAGGGUGACCUGCGGGUGGAAGAAGGGUCAGCAGAGGGUUGUGGGGAUGGGGAGGCUGCUCCUUGGACUCCUUGUAAUGUCUGUCUGUCUCAGCAGGCUGGGGCACAGAUUCUGGGACCCUGUGGCACUGGGGAACCAGGGUCUGCAGAUGGCUCAGAUGAAGCUUCCAGGGCUCAAGAUACUGAGCCUAGCCUGUGGCUGCUCAGAUGGCUUGAACAGAAUCUGGAGAAAGUACUGCCUCAGCCCCCCAAACCCUCCGAGGCUUGGAGAGCUGAACCUGAGGCUACUGUCUUGGACCCAGAUCCUCCAGAACCCCUGUUGGAGACAGAGCCCACAGACAGUAGUCCCUCCCAGCCAAAUCCCGGAACGGGAACCGUGGAGCCCAAGGAGGAGCCAGAUGCAGAGCCCCAGCCUGGCUUACAGACUGCUUCCCUGCCACCACCUGGGGACCCUGUCAGGCUGCUUGAGUGGCUCCGACACAGGCUGGAGAUGGCCCUGCCACAGCCUGUGCUCCACAGGAAAGCUGCGGAGCAGGACUCCAGCUGCCCUGGGACGUGUGAUGUGCAGACUAUCAGCAUCCUCCCUAUGGAACAGGUGGAGCAGGAUCUUGUCCUGGAGGAGGUGGACCCUUGCUGGGAGGACAUCCAGCAGGAAGACAGUGUUAGCCAGCAAGAGGACAGUGCCAGCCAGCAGGAGGACAGAGUCAGCCAGCAGGAGGACAGAGCCAGCCAGCAGGAGGGCAGUGCCAGCCAGCAGGAGACAGAGGAGGCUCCUGUUUAUGAAGAAGAAAGCGAGGCCAUGGUGGAGAUGCCCAGGGAGUUGCCCCAGAUUCAAGAGGAAAAAGAAGAUGAGGAGGAAGAAGAGGAGGAGUAUGAGGAGGAAGAGACGCCUGUUGUCCUGCUGGAUAGCUGUUUGGUGGUGCAGGCUGAUGUGGACCAGUGCCAGCUAGGCAGAACAGAGCCACAGAUAGCAUCGCUCCAGGAUUUGCCAGAGGAGGAGGAGGAAGAGGAGGUAGAGGAAGAGGCCACCAGCUCUACAGGUAGGAGUGACAUUGUACAAGGAUCCCCUGGGGACUUUCAGUCCCCAGGGUCAUACCUCUGCCUGCCACCUUCUCGACCCAGUACCAUGGCUAAACCAGGCCUGAAUAUGGAGCUGAAUCGCUUGGUCCAGGACCAACCACCUGGCCAGGAGGGCCCCCGGCCUGGCCCCCAAAACCCAGCCGAGCACCUCCCCAAUGUGCCCAGCUAUCGUCCAACAAUCACCCGCAUUCCUGUCCUUGUUUCCCGGAGGACAACCUUGUCCAACUCCAGCUUCGCCAAGGAGACCAGGAGCUCCAUCCGUCGCCUGGUACCAGCUACUAAAGAGCACCCAGAGCUCCAGGUAGAAGACACGGAUGCUGACAGCCGUCCCCUCAUACCAGAGGAGAAGGUACCUUCUCCAGAGACACCACUCUCUCCUACAAAAACUGACACCCUCCAGGUCCCUGGCUCUGCUACAGCAGCCCACAGGAAGAAGCUACCUUCUCAGGAUGACGAAGCUGAAGAGCUCAAGGCACUGUCACCAGCAGAGUCCCCAGUGGUGGCCUGGUCAGACCCCACCACCCCACAGGAGGCUGAUGGCCAGGAUCGUGCAGCCUCCACAGCCAGCCAGAACAGUGCCAUCAUCAACGACCGGCUCCAGGAGCUGGUGAAGCUGUUCAAGGAGCGGACGGAGAAGGUGAAGGAGAAGCUCAUCGACCCUGAUGUCACUUCUGAUGAGGAGAGCCCCAAGCCUUCCCCAGCCAAGAAGGCUCCAGAGCCAGCCCCAGCCCAGAAGCCUGCAGAGGCAGAGGCGGAGGCAGAGGAGGAACACUACUGUGACAUGCUCUGCUGCAAGUUCAAGCGCAGACCCUGGAAGAUGUACCGGUUCCCCCAGAGCAUCGACCCUCUGACCAACCUCAUGUACAUCUUGUGGCUGUUCUUUGUGGUUCUUGCCUGGAACUGGAGCUGCUGGCUGAUCCCUGUGCGAUGGGCCUUCCCAUACCAGCGGCCAGACAACAUCCACCUCUGGCUGCUGAUGGAUUACCUGUGUGACUUCAUCUACCUCCUGGACAUGACCGUGUUCCAGAUGCGCCUGCAGUUUGUCAAAGGCGGGGACAUCAUUACAGACAAAAAGGAGAUGCGCAAUAACUACCUGAAGUCUCGCCGGUUUAAGAUGGACCUGCUCUGCCUGCUGCCCUUGGACUUUUUCUACUUGAAACUUGGAGUGAACCCCCUCCUUCGCCUGCCCCGCUGCUUGAAGUACAUGGCCUUCUUCGAGUUUAAUAACCGCUUGGAAGCCAUCCUCAGCAAAGCCUACGUUUACAGAGUUAUCAGGACCACCGCCUACCUGCUGUACAGCUUGCACCUCAACUCCUGUCUUUACUACUGGGCAUCGGCCUUCCAGGGUAUCGGUUCCACUCACUGGGUUUAUGAUGGCGUGGGGAACAGUUACAUCCGAUGCUACUACUGGGCUGUGAAAACGCUCAUCACCAUUGGCGGGCUGCCUGACCCCCAGACGCUCUUUGAAAUUGUCUUCCAGCUGUUGAAUUAUUUUACAGGUGUCUUCGCUUUCUCUGUGAUGAUUGGACAGAUGAGAGAUGUGGUGGGAGCCGCCACAGCAGGGCAGACCUACUACCGCAGCUGCAUGGACAGUACAGUGAAGUACAUGAACUUCUACAAGAUCCCCAGGUCUGUGCAGAACCGUGUCAAGACCUGGUAUGAGUACACCUGGCAUUCACAAGGCAUGCUGGAUGAGUCAGAGCUGAUGGUGCAGCUUCCAGACAAGAUGAGACUGGACCUGGCCAUCGAUGUAAACUACGAUAUCGUCAGCAAAGUGGCGCUCUUCCAGGGCUGUGACCGGCAGAUGAUCUUCGACAUGCUCAAGCGCCUUCGCUCAGUUGUCUACCUGCCCAAUGACUAUGUGUGCAAGAAGGGGGAGAUUGGCCGAGAGAUGUAUAUCAUCCAGGCGGGGCAGGUUCAAGUACUGGGUGGCCCAGAUGGGAAGGCCGUUCUGGUGACACUCAAAGCCGGAUCAGUGUUUGGAGAGAUAAGCUUGCUGGCUGUUGGGGGUGGGAACCGGCGCACAGCCAACGUGGUGGCCCAUGGGUUCACCAACCUCUUCAUUCUGGACAAGAAGGACUUGAAUGAAAUCUUGGUGCAUUAUCCUGAAUCUCAGAAGUUACUCCGGAAGAAGGCCAGGCGCAUGCUGAGAAACAACAACAAACCCAAGGAGCCAAAGAGUGUGCUCAUCCUGCCCCCACGUGCUGGCACCCCGAAGCUCUUCAAUGCGGCCCUCGCCGCUGCAGGAAAAAUGGGCGGCAGGGGGGCCAAGGGUGGCAAGCUCGCCCACCUGAGAGCCAGGCUCAAGGAACUGGCUGCCCUGGAGGCGGCAGCGCGACAGCAGCAGCUGCUGGAACAGGUAACAUGGUUGGGAUCUGGUUCUUCGCCUUUAGCAGGUUUGUUUAAGGAAGAAGGUCGGGGACCUCCAAAACAGCAGGCCUUGUCUGGUUCAAGUGACAGAAGCAGGUUCAGCCAGAUUGAGAACCCUCGAUCGCCAAGAGCUCACAGGAAGCUGGGGGGAGAGGAGGGCUCUGGAGCCACGGACCAACCUGUGGACCAAACUGCGCCCCAGGAACCCCAGGAACCCCAGAAGCCCCAGGAGACCCCGAAGUCCCAGGAGCCCUCGGGGCCCCCUGUCCCGAGCUCUCCACCGCCAGCAUCAGCCCUGGGGAAGCCCGAGGAUGGCACUGAGGAGGCGGCAGCUGGGCCCUCAGAGCCCUCAGUAAGGAUCCGUGUGAGCCCAGACCCAGAUCCAGAGGAGCAGACGCUGUCAGUGGAGAUACUGGAGAAGAAGGAGGAAGCGGAGUGA